GACAAAGAUAAAAUAAUCAACUCUUUCGUUCCUGUUUUUCUUUUUUUUUUUAAAUUAAAGUGCUCAGGUGCGCUCAUCUGCACCAGCUGGGAUUUUUUAUCUCCAGUUUUUCAACCUGACAAGUCUGAGAAGAAGGAAAGAAGAAGUGCGUUUUUAAUUUGGAUUCCGGACUUCUUUUACUGACUUUUCGCUCCUUUUUUGUGCAUCAAGCAUGGAUGUGUUGGCGAAUUACAGUAUUUUCCAGGAACUCCAACUCGUUCAUGACACUGGUUAUUUCUCUGCGAUGCCUUCCCUGGAGGAGAACUGGCAGCAGACAUGUCUAGAGUUGGAGCGGUACCUACAGACGGAGCCCAAGCGACUCUCAGAGCUCUUUGAUGAGGAGCUGGACUGUCUCUUAACGCCGACCUUCAUGCAGGGAGGCGACAGUGACGAGGACCUGAUGGACCCCCUCCUUCCCAGCCUCCCUGACCAGCCUAGCCCACUUCCACUACUGGUAGCCCUUCCCAAGGUCCAGGCCAAAAUCCUCCAGGUGCCCAACCCCAGCAGGACCAUAGCAGAGGCAGGGACGGAGACCCCCACACCAAAGGACCAAGUCCUGGCAGGAGUUAGUGCCGCACAGCUCAGCGCCGCCGUUACAUCCCUAACACCACCAUCGUCACCAGAGCUCGGCCGCCACCUCAUCAAACCCACACAGACACUGACUGCGACGGCAGACGGUACACUAACGCUCAAAUUUGUGGCGAAGAAGGUGGGGUUGGGGGCGGCUAAACUGGUGGCAGCACGAGCGUUACCGUCACCUCCGAGCCGAGGGGGAGCCCUCAGUGACAGCGAGCAGGGAGGAGGAGGAAGUCUGGGAGGAGACGUACCUGAGAACAAAAAGAGAGUCCACCGGUGCCAGUUUAACGGCUGCAGGAAGGUUUACACCAAGAGCUCCCACCUGAAGGCACAUCAGAGGACUCACACAGGUGAGAAGCCCUACAAGUGCUCAUGGGAGGGCUGCGAAUGGCGUUUUGCCCGCAGUGACGAGUUGACGCGACAUUACCGCAAACACACCGGAGCGAAGCCAUUCAAGUGCAACCACUGCGACAGGUGUUUCUCUCGGUCGGACCACCUGGCCCUGCACAUGAAGAGGCACAUCUGAGGGCGAAAAGAAAAGGAGCGGGAGAGGGGAAGAAGCAAGAGGAGAAAAAAGGAGGAGGAGGAGGAGGAGGAGAGAUAGGAGGAGGAGGAGAGGAAUGGGCAGUCGAGCUACCAACCGCCCGCCUUGUUCACCCCGUCCAUAAACCAGUCAGCGGCCAUGACGCCUGCAGGGCAGCGCAUCCAUCUGAGAGGGUCAUAAA